AUGGAAAAGUGCACAGAAUCACCACCUACCUUAAAGGCAGAGACUUCCUUGUUGAAAGGAGAUAAUCUGAUUGUGCCAUUACAAAUGCAGCACCCAGCUAAUGAUAACCCCACUUUCAGAGAGCAAGUUGUGCCUGUUCCGAAUACCCCAGUGAUGUCUGUACCCUACUCAGGCAACCAUCUCCCUCAAUUUCAUGGUAAGCCAACCAGUGCCACAGGGUUUCUUGCUCAGGUGACUACCUAUUUGACAGCUCUCAAGGUUUCCAAUCCUGCAGAUGAUGCCCGAGUCAAGCACUUUUUUGACUACCUAUCCCAGCAGAUGCAAAGUUGUGACAUCGUUUCUGAGUCCAACCAGAGUAAUGUAUUGAAACAAUAUGAAAACUUGCUCCUUGAGUUACAGCAGUCAUUUGGUGAACCCAUGAAACAAGAAAUUACCCUGCCUAUGAAUGUUAAGGUUGACAGUAGAGACAACAAUCAGCAGGAUGCUACUGCUUUCCAAGUUCUUGCUCAAAAUCUGAGUUAUAGUGAGACCAGUCAGAGCAACAACUUCCAAAAGGGAAAAGCUGAGCCCACCCAGGAUGAAGAAAUCACAGAUAUAAUGAGCAAUCUACCAGAUUUGGUCACUCAGUGCAUUCAGCUGGACAAAAAAUACAAAGACAGGCCAGAACUCCUACAGUCAGAAAGUCAGGUUCCAAUGUUUUCUUCCACAAGCAAUCACCACCAAUCCUUUCUCAGCCCCAUAGGUCUACAAUCCAAGGAUGAGCCCAAGCAAAUUCAGGGAGCCCAACUGCCCAUCACCCCAGCCAAGAGAGCCCGCCAGCAAGAAACUCAGUUAUGUCUUUACUGUAGCCAGGCUGGUCAUUUCACAAGAGAAUGCCUUGCUAAACGUUCUCGAACUCCAGCAAGGAGAAAAAUGUAG